AAACCAAAAUGGUGACUUUAUAAAAUCAUGUUUAGCGUGGCGUCACACAUUGGAAAGUUCUGUUAGAAGGCACCAUAGUGUUCACCCUUAAAUGAUGGGCUCAUAUUGGAUGAACAAGAAACCAACAACAAAAAACGCCCGGACUACAAGAUUGAUGUGUACGAUUCUUAUGAAUAUGCAUAUACAUCUGCUUAUGGGGAAAUCAAAACUGGUAAGAACAUUUCGCCCAUGGAUAUUAUCAUGGACUUUCACUGAGUAGUCAUAUUUUAAAUAUAACCUUCGCACAAUUAUUGACUUCCAUGUCACUGGUAAAAAGACGCAAAAGAGAAAAUAACUAGAUUAUUAUUUUUUUAGGACAAGCAAUUACAUUUUUCGUCAUGAACCUUCAGUAUGAACACUUGUAUACCUUCACAGAAAUUACCAGCAUGAAAGUGCCACUGAAAAAAUCCGAUCUGUUGAACUUAUGCUUAUUGUUGAUUUUAAUAUCCAUUGUUGCGAUAAAUGAACUUUCUGGUCCUUCUGUCUUAUGUGAUUACUGGCUAUUUCUAUAAGAAGAUGGUUGAUUGAUUUUGUUCAUUUUACUAUGUAGACAAACACGACAUAGACGCUUUUGAUAUGGAUGUUGAAUCAUUACACUUCGAGCUUCGUGAUCUUGGUUGUU